AUUUGCACUUUACGCGUUGACAGACCAAAGCGUGGAACCCACAAGGCAGCAGCUAAUGAUAAAACAUGAAGUUUUGUAUACAACUGUUGCUACUGUUGCCGCUGUGGUUUAGUUUGAAAGUCAAGGGCGAUGCAGUCGAAGUCAUUGAAUUGAGCAGCAAUUGGAGCAUAUCUAAUCAGAAUGGCUCAAUAAGUCAAGUGGUCAAGACGUUGCCUUCCGGUGUUUAUAGCGCGCUCUAUGGCGAUGAAAUACUCAAAUCCUAUAAUGAUAUUAAUAUGCGCUGGAUAGCGUAUGACAACUGGACAUAUACCAAAAGUUUUCCACUUGAUAUGGAUCACUUUAAGCAUGUGCGCUGCUUUAAUCUAACCUUCCAUGGCGUGGAUACCAUAGCUGAAAUACGUUUGAAUCGCCGACUGCUUGGACGCACUAAUAAUAUGUUUGUGCGUUAUACUUACGAUGUUAGCAAAUUGCUGCAAAACGAUAAUGUGCUGGAGGUGGAGUUUACAUCGCCGGUUUGGUCUGCGCUAAGCAAGGCCAGACAGCUGGAGGCAGCUGGUCGCGCAGUGCCGCCAGCUUGUCCGCCUGGGCGCUAUCAUGGUGAGUGUCAUAUGAAUAUGCUGCGCAAAAUGCAGGCAAGCUUUGCCUGGGAUUGGGGACUGGCAGCGCCUUCAAUGGGUCUGUGGAAAUCAGUGCAGCUGGAAAUGUAUGAAGUGGCGCUUAUACGUGAUGUGGAUGUGGACAUGAGUCGCAAUGACACGCACUGGAAUCUGCAUAUGAGCGUCUUUAUGGACGUGCAGGGCAAGCAAAACUUUAACGCUGAGCUGGUGUUCUAUGCAGUUGAGCUGCUAAGCGAGCCAGUGGUCAUCAACUACACCUCACGGCCCAUUAGCUAUCUGUCACCGGUAAUUGUAUUCGAUCAGGCAGUGCCAAUUGACAAAGUUGAGCUAUGGUGGCCCAAUGGCUAUGGCCAGCAAAAGCUUUAUCCGCUGCACUUUGCGCUCAAUGCGUGGCUGGGCAGCGGCGUAGCGGAAAUACGCGCCAAGUCAAAGUCGCAAAAGUCAGUGCGCGUGGGUUUUCGCACACUGGAGCUGGUGCAGCAGCCAGCAGCGGAUGCUCAGGGCAAUACUUUUAUGUUUCGCGUUAAUGGCGUGGACAUAUUUAUGAAGGGCAGCAACUAUAUACCAUCGCAUAUACUGCCAGAGCUGAUGACAAGUGAAAUGAAUCGCACUGCUUAUUUGCUGGAGUCUGCUAAGGAGGCACACAUGAAUAUGCUGCGCGUUUGGGGUGGCGGCAUUUAUGAAUCGGAUGAGUUCUAUGAUAUAGCUGACAGUUUGGGUUUGCUUAUAUGGCAGGACAUGAUGUUUGCCUGUGCCAUGUAUCCUACAAGCGAAGAUUUUCUUGCCUCAGUGCGUGAGGAAGUGCGUCAGAAUGCCAAACGACUAUCACAUCAUGCAAGCGUCGCUAUAUUCGUUGGUAAUAAUGAAAAUGAAGCAGCUCUAGUGCAGAAUUGGUAUCAAACGAAUGAUGAUCGGCAACGCUUUGAAGCUGAAUAUCGACAGCUCUAUCUAGGCAAUGUGCUGCAUGAACUGAAGCUGGUGUCGCAUAGUGCACGCCCAGAGCCGUUGGUAUCAUCGCCCUCCAAUGGCAAAGCUAGCGAGCAGCAUGAGUACAUAUCACCCAAUCCGCAGGAUACGCACAAUGGCGAUGUGCAUUACUAUAAUCAUCUAGCUGAUGCCUGGGACACUUCAUUAUAUCCACGUGGUCGUUUUGCCAGCGAAUAUGGCUUUCAAUCGCUGCCCAGAUAUACAGCCUGGACACGCAUACAAAACAAGGAAGAUGAGCUGUCUGCACUAAUGUCGCAUCGUCAGCAUCAUCCGCUUGGCAUGUUGCCCAUUACCACGCUAGUGAGCAGCCAUCUGCCAUUGCCACUGCCAGAUGAUACAACCUAUGAGCAAGCGCUCAUCUACUUGAGUCAAGUAGCUCAAGCGCUGGCCACCAAACUGGAGACUGAGCUUUAUCGCAGUCUGCGCGAUACGCAGCAUAAUACAAUGGGCGCGCUUUAUUGGCAGCUCAAUGAUGUGUGGAUAGCGCCCUCUUGGUCUAGCAUUGACUUUAAUGGCAACUGGAAGGUGCUGCACUAUUGGGCGCGUGACUUUAUGGCGCCCAUUGCUAUUGUCGCCUUGUAUGAUAAGCCCAGCAAGGCUUUGAACAUCUCUUUAAUCUGUGAUCAGCUGCAGGUGAAUACGGACGACUUAAGCGUAGUGGCCAAUAUACAUUUGUGGUCGCAGCUGCUGCCGCGUAAUUCAACGCAGUGGCCUGUUACCUUACGUCCCAAUGGCGUGCACUAUGAUAAGAUUAUACCUUUGAAGCAAAUGCUAAAUGGUGAAUUCAAUGAGCACAAUGCGUAUUUGGAGUUUCAGCUGCGUCGCCAGGAGGAGCUGCUAGCACGCACUUAUUAUUUUCCAAGCAGUUUAGCAAGUGCUGUGGGCAUUAGCGAUCCACAACUGGAGAUUGAAAUAUCCUCCAAGUUCUGCCUGCAAACUACAACUGGUGUGCGCAAUAGUCUUAGUUUAACCAUCACUGUUAGGCGUCCUGCUGUCUUUGUCUAUCUGGAGCUCACCUACUAUCCAUAUCGUCAUAAGUUCUCGGAGAAUGGUUAUAUACAAAAUACACCCGUGCAUGUUGUCUAUGUAACCGUUGAGGCUCCCUCUUGCCUGCGCGUUUGGUUCAAAUCCUUCUUUAGCAUACUAACUGUUAAUGACUUUAUGAAAAGGCAACACUGAUGCGCGAAAAAAACACAUAUAAUCUUAUUUGUAGCUUAAGUUAAUAACAAAUCAAUAAAUAGCAUAGCAAUAAGUACAAUCCAAACGCAGACUUGG